AUUUAAAAAAAAGAAAAAAAAUUUAAAUUAAAUUUGUAAAAAAUAAAUAUACAAGUUUCUGUAAAAAUUUAAAACAACUCGAAGCUGUUGUUGUAAUGUUUAUAAAAAAUAUAUAUAUUUAUAGUGUUAAACGUAAUAAUUAUCCACAUUAAAAUUAUAUGAAAUACCGUUAGUGUAAUUUAAAAUACAGUGUCAUACAUACAUAUAUACACAAAUAGAAAAAUAUAUUCACUUAAAAGUUUUGCCCUAAGUACUCCUAUAUCGUGUGUGUUUAAAAAAAUUUCGCACUACAUUCCGCAUUCGCCCACAAAUCGGGCGUAUAUACGAGUAAACACAUCUACUUAAUUGCAUUUACAAAAACCGAAAAAAAAAAAACAAUUUAAAACAAAAAUUGUGUAGUUCAAAUAUGCUGCAUUGCCUGUCCCUUACAUGUGACCUGACAAUUGCCCUACUCUGCAUAGCCUACAUUUAGGGGCCAAGCGUCAAAUAGAAACUAGUGAGUGCAUAAACACGACGGUGUCAUACCAAAUUCGGGUGUCAGUGUGCCACUACCACCACUUUGUGACAGUCCGGAACUGGUGCACCUGUUUCGCAUAUUAAAUGUCAGUGUUGUACCGUUGCAUACUGCUAGCAUGCAUUUUAACACAAUUAGUAUUGCAGUUAUCGGCCUGAAAGUGGGCCGCUAGGAAUACCAGCUGUGCUGCAGGCUAACCUCGUUUAUUGUGUUUGUUGCAACAACGGUGCGUCUGGGGAGCGCACGUGACCGUAGUAAGCUGAGCUGUGCCGUUUACUGUGUAACUGUAGUUACAUUACAUUGUUGUUGGAGGCGUUGGUGGUGAAGAACAAUUCACACCGAUGUCUCGUUGAAUUCCACUAAAACACUUAGCUCGCACAUUUAGCCAGCCAACACCAAUUUUCAGCGUUGGCUACAAUUGAAACUAGAAUCACUUAAGACCCAACAACAACAACCAAAAUCAAUAAAAAUGCGUUCCUCUCCGUACGCCUAUCACAUCGGCAACGAUUUGAGCGAAGAAGACACAGACGAUGCUGCCAUGGACUAUCACAUGGCGGCAGCCAUUAGCUCCAACCAUCGCCACCAACAGCAACAACAAAUGGAACUGAAAUUGAAAGAUAUACCAGAGAAAUAUUUGAUGGUGAUUGCUCACUUCCUGUCGGGCGAUUUCAAUGACACCGAAGCGAUGGACCGUGUCAACGGACCCAUACUGAAGGCGAGCAUCAAGUCGGUCUAUUGGCUUUUCCUCAUCCAGUAUGCAUUGUUGGCGUUGGCCGGCAUCGCCAUGAAUGUGAGCAUAAUCGCGUAUGCGAUGUACAAUCGCUUGUACAAGGAUGUAACGCACGCGUUCAUCGUUAAUUUGGCAUUAUGCCAUUUGGUGCAGUGUGCGCUGGUCUUGCCCAUCACGUUGAUGGUGAUGCUCAUACAGAAUUGGAUAUUUGGACAGUUUUUGUGCUUCUUUUUGCCAAUGUUGCAGGACAUUCCGCUGCAUGUUGCCAUAAUAUCGCACAUUCUCAUCGCUUGGGAUCGCAUGCGUUGGCUGAGCGAUCCGCUGCAGGGUCGCUUGCCGGCCUUCGUCUGCUGCUGUGCGACUUGGCUGACCGGCAUGGUGAUUGCGUUGCCAUAUCCCAUCUAUACGAUUUAUGUGGAAUUGGGGGAUUAUGUGACAGAGCUAAACGGCAUUGGCCUUUGCGUGGUCAACUUAAUGGAUGAUAUGCAUGAAUAUAUGCGUGGACUGUUUCUGCUUAUGUAUUGCGCCCCCUCCGUUCUGCUAGCUUAUCUUUACAUCAGAACUUCGCAGGAGCUGCGACCACCUGACGGUCCAUUUGCCGUAAUGAUGUUCGAGCAUCGCGCGGAUAUGAGAAAUCGCCAACGCAACUCAUCAGCCUCUUCGGUGGGCGGCAGCGUCGGUGCGACCAUCACUUCCACCUCGGGCAUCGGCUCAGCGCUCACCACCACACACACCAAUGGCGGUGCCAGCGCUGGGGGUGGUGGUCUUGGUGUUGGCAGUAGUUUGGGUGCGGGUCACACCUCCUCUGUGCAUUCGACAACUGGCUCCGCCACAACGAAGACCCGUUCGUAUGACUUGUACAGCGCCGAGUUGGACGUCUAUCGUGAGAAGAGGAAGCAACGUAAUUUCGGCAGCAUGGCCGCCACACAAAUACUCUGCCUCUGUCCGUUAAUGAUUUUACGUUUCGCCCGCCUCUCCAUGGAGGAGACCUAUGAGAAUCAGAAACAUUUUGACUUCACCUAUUUGAUGUUUGUGUGGAUCGCUUUUCUGCCCACUGUCAUCUUUCCGUGCAUUUAUGCCUCGCAAAUACUACCCAGAGAUGAGCAAGAGCGUAUACGCGGCUAUUUCCGUCUUUCCACAAAACGGUUCCAUAAAUCGCGCAGUUGCGGCGGCGGCAGCGGCAGUGGCCAUACGCCCAGCUCCAGGGAGGAUUCCAUUGAAAAGGAUGAGAGCACAAACGCCACGCAAGCCACUUCGAUACUCGUGAAUGGCGAGCAGUUUUUGAAUGGGGGCGGCAGCAUAACCGGUACGGCGCUGGUGACACGUCACGAGCUCAAUCGGGCCGCCAAGUUCCAACAACAGCAGCAACAGCAUCACAACAAUUGCCGACAGUCGUCUGGCAAGGAGGGCGCGAACGUUGUUGGGGCGGCGGUCGGUCAGCAGGCGUACGGCAAGUCAACGCCACUGGCGAAGGAUGUGCGUGUGAAGAAGAAUGAUGUGAAGAUUAAGAUAAUAUCGGAUGGCGGCAAAGGAAAUAAGUCAGCGUUGGCAGGCAUUGGCGGUGCUGGGCAAUUGCAGGCACAGCAUGCAACGAAGAGCACCAGUGUGAGCAGCGGCAGUCGACGCGAGAGUGUUGCCGGUGGCGGCGUCGGUGGUAGUGUUGGUGAGCGUAAAUUGACGCUUGGCUCAUUGGAUAACUCCUGCUCGAAUAUGACCUCCUCGACAUACUGCAAUGGCGUUAGCAGUUUGCUGGAGGAUGAUGGUGGCGCAAGCAAUUUCGGUGAUGGCGAAGACUCCUCCAUUGUAAGUGGUAUGAUUGUGUCGAGCGGUGGACCAAAUGGCGUCAACUAUAUGCAACACAAGAAGUGGAGCCUCAGCGGUCAGCCAUUGUUACGCAGCAAGGAUUUAUCAUUCAGCGAUUGCAGCAGUUUCUCGCAUAUGGACACGGCCAGCACGUUGGAGCGCGACAUGGAGAUAAUCGAUAUGUUGGAACGUGAACGUAGCAUGGACAUACAGGAAAUGAUAGAACGUGAGAAGCACGGCGAGACGGUGCGCAUGACGGUGGGCGAACGUCGCAAGCUGCCCGAUAUCGAGAAGAUUUAUCAGCGCUCUCCAAAAUCGAAACUCGAUCCGUACAGUUAUGAUGUCUCCUCACAGAUCACGCCGACACCAUCAACGGCAACUGCAAAGGACAGCAUGCCGAACUCUUUGCUCUGCAGUGAUCCGCUGCAGUCGAGUGGUGCUCUUAGUAGCGGCAGCAGCACGAAUGAUGGUGGUUAUAGCGUUGCGUCCACAUUCAUUGGCGACGAUGGCGUGCCAGUGCAUCGACUGUCACGCGACGAUGAGGGUGAGAGUGGCAUCGAUGUAGACGAGGAAGUACCGUCCGAUUUCUUCGACAAGUACACACCGGGCGCUGCCAAUUCGGUGCCAUAUGCAAGCAGCGGCGGCGCCGCAGUCAACACACCCACUUCCGCCUACCAGUAUCAGUACUCGCGUCGACUGAGCCGCAAAUCAUCGCACCACAGUCAAGGCUCAAAUUCACAUCGCACAUCAAAGCGCGACAGCUUCAAUUCGUUGAAUGGCAGCGAUCUCAUUGCGGGCGCAUUCGGCGAACUCGAUCCCACGCAACCAUUGUCUAAGAUGUCAGUGGUGGAGGGUCGCAUGCGACGCAGUAGUGGACGUACGUCCAGUUUCUCUUCCUCGGCGCGCAGUUCGAUGAAGUCUCGCGACUACAGUCACGGUUCAUCGCAUUCGGCGCAUCCAGAGUUGGACUUCAGGGAGAAUAUAUUCGCCGAACUGUGAAGAGGUGAGUGUGGUAGCACACAAGUUUAGGUGCCACGAUCUAAAUGAUGCAUGCUUUAUUGAACGAGGUGCCUAAUUGGAUUGAUUUAAGCAACGAAGGAAGGUUUGACGUAGAAAGUUAGCUUUUAAUACGAACAAAUACAGAAACCCUUAAAUAUCUAGUGUGUAUUGGUAUGGAAGUCCUGACAGUGCAGUUUUAUAAACAGUAGUUAAGCGUAAGUUUUUAUUAAUGUAGACAGAUCCUAGUGUGUGGUAAGUAAUGUUAGGUAUAAGUUUGAAAUGUGAUGAAUAUACGGAUUUGGCUGAGGUUUCCUAAAAUGAAGUACUAUAUGAAAGUGUCUCAAGUUCGAGUCAUAUAUUUCAGACAGAGUUGUUGGGAUUUGAUUAAGAAUAAGUUAUUGGGAUUUUAAUAUGAGAACUUGAAUAUUCUUUAGAAAAUCAAGGUUGGCAUUUUGGGUAAACUAUGAAACAUAUAUAUUCCUGAUUCGCAGAUAAUUAGUUAACUCGUUGGGAAUUAUCAAAGGGAUCAAUUUAUAGCGUAGUACUCCGAAAUCCUUUAUGAGUUUGAAAAGAGUACUUCCGUAGGAUCUUUCGAAUCCGGAUGGUAAUCAAAUUUUCGGGAUGAGAUCUCUUUUCCUAAAGCUAAGCUUUCCGACAGUCCGGAUUAACCUCGUUUUUCUGUUUCCUAGGAGUUUCUAGGCAAAUAUAAUUUGUUGAGGAGUAAUUUAGCCAAGUGAACACGAAUUAUACGAUUUCUUGUGAAGAAUUAGUAUGGGUUCCUUAUUGAAGGUACAGUUUGAAUAAAAUAUAGCUAAGUAUAGCUUUGAUAUGUAUGGGUAUAUUAGAGAGUUAAGUGUGAGGAAUCACUUUUGUAUUUUGUAUACAUAUUUGUUAAUACGUUAGAUAAUUCCGUGCGAUAAAAAUAAUAUAACUUUUUGUAAUACUGUUGUAUAAGCUUAUUUUGAGUGCAUGUGACCUUAGUUUGGUGAAAAUAAAGAAAUUAAGUUAGAAUGAUUAUCAAACUGGUAGUAAUAGUAGUCUUCGAUUCGCAUAAUGAUAUAAACUGGUAUAAAUUUCGGAAGCUGUCAUAACCUUAUGUGUAUACUCUUGAAUGUGCUUAUACCACUUUGAUGAUAUAUGGACAAGCGCUCUUGAAUUGAACUCAUUGCAGUCAAAUAAUAAUACUUUGUUAAGAGAGUUGUACUCAAAAUAUGUGAGCUGAUAAGUGGCGAAUCGAACAAAUAACUGGUAUAAUCAGUUGCCGUUAGAAAGCAAGUACUUUAGAGAGUUUAAUACAAGCUUUUUUGAAUUGAAUUCAACUAGUUAACUCUGGCGAUGCUUUCAUUUGUCAAAAGUGACAAUUAGAGAGCUGAAAAGUGGCGAAUCGAGGACCGUCUAAUGUGUUUAAAACCACUACACAUCUUAUGGUAGUUAAUUGAAUAUUUUUUAUUAUUAAAGAGAACUUUUUACAAAUUUUAUUUGAAGCUCAUAGCAAGCAUGACGCAAUUUUCGAUGCGCAUUUUUUUACAUACAAACAAUUUUAUUGUAUGUUACAAGAGAGAAAAAAAAACAGAGAAACACGUGAAACGUGAAAACACAUUCAAUUUACUAAUUAACUUAAUUAAGCUGUUAAAUAAUAAUAAAUACAAAUAAUUGUUGCGUUUUUUGUCAUUCAUUGUUAAUGUGAAAGCACAAAGUAAAUAGAAACAAAAAAUAUAAUAUUUAUAUAAAUGUAUUGUAUAACUACAGUGUUUAGCGUUAUAAAAAAAAAAAAAUUAAAAAAAUAAUAAUCAAUAUUAUUAUAAUAUUGUUUAACAAGCGUAUUUAUUGUAUUUGUAAAUGCAGAUUUUGUAUGUUGAAAACAAACUAAAAAUAAUUGUAAUUUAAAAAUAAAAAAGUUAAAUAAAUUUUAUAACAUGGAUUAGCAUUUAAAGUGAGCGUGAGUUUAAAGCGGGUGGAUCAUUGUAUAUGAGCAGCAGCAAGUAUGUGCCAAGCUUUUAGCAGCUACAAUUUUCGAUACUGAAAUUAAAAGAAAUAAAAAAAAAAUAUUUCUAAAUAAUAUAUAUAUAAUAAAUAUAUAUAUUUAUCACUACUGUAAAAUAGUCUAUGUUGAUUUGUCUAAAACUAUAAAAAUAUAUAAUGAAAACUUACUAGUUAUGCAUAUAUCUUAAGUUUUUUUUUUGUAAACUAAAUUAUAAAAAUAUUGUUGUGAAUUAAUAUUGCAUAAAUAUUUCUGAAUCAAUGUUAAAUUUAUACAGUUACACAAACACCUUAACACGAGAAACAGCAUAUUAGGAAAUAUGUAAACUUACGCAGUCGCUUCAAAUUGGGUUUAAUACAGUAAAAUAUCGGUGACUUAUAUGCAUAAAAAUAUUUUUUUGAAAAUUUAAAACUUGAAAGAUUUUCUUUUUUUUUUUCAAAAAAUAUUUUGGAAAUAAAAUAUUUUUUUAUCAAAUCGAUUCUCUUUUAAAACCUAUUUACAUUUCUUUUAAUGCCACACUGUUAAUAAUAAUAUUUUUUUUUAAGAAAAUAUGAUUUAAUUAAAACUGAUAAUUUUCGACUUGAGCAAAUUUUUCUCCAGCGAAUGUUAAGUACCAUGAAAUAAAAAAUAUCUUACGGUCUAGGCUUAUAAUUUUUCUGAGGCAAGUGUUUGCAACGAUGUCAUCUUUCAUACAUUCCUUAUAGAAUCCGAUGUUUUAAGGGUAGACUGGCCACCUACUCAGUACUCUAAUACCAAAGAGUCAUGUAAAAAAGUAAUUGAUGUUUGAGCACAAGUAAUCAGAUGGUAGAAAAAACAGAAAAAAGUUAAAAUAUUGCCACCUGUAUGAAAGUCUAAUUUGCAAUAUUUGACAAAUCAAGGAAAGCAAAAAUCAGAAGCUGAAACCUCUACUGUUAUUGUAUAAUUUUACAGUUGGGAAAAGAAACGGAGUAGGGUUACCACCUGUUUGAAAAUUGUAUCAAACAACAAAUUAUGAAAUUUCGAAAACUACAAACUGAUAAGAUUCUAGUUUACUACUGAUUUUUUUUCGAAUAGGGUUGCCACCUAAUUUUAAUUUUUUCUCAAUUCUUUAAACAAUAUAAUAUAAUGGUAAACAAUUGGUGACAUUUAUUUACGCUACUUUUAUUAGCUUAAUUUUCCGAAACCUUCAAAAUUUAUUAUCAAAUUUGCGCUAGAAAUUUGCUGAAAAUAGCCACAAUAAUGAAAUUUAGUUAAAAUAGUUUUGUUUACUCAAAUUAAGUGAAAUUUUUUGAAUAAAGCUAAUGCCUUUAUCUUUAAUUAAAUCGUUUUUAAAUUUACUUCAAGCUACAAGAAUUAAUAAAAUUUCAACUUUUAAGAAAAGACAUCUGAAUAUUCAAAUUUUAAAUAAGCCCAAUAAAUAUCAAAAUGAAAUGCAGAAAAUUUAAACAAAAAAUGCAAAUAUUUACUCAAAUUCAACUAAAGCAAGCAUAUUUAAACUACAACAACAAAUAGUCGUAAUUUAAAUGGAAACCAAAAAUAUAACUUUAAACUUGCUUCAACACUUACAACUUAAAUACUUGGAAUUUAACUACACAAAUACA